AUGUCUGACACCCAUUCGUCAAGAACAAGAUCAGAAAUUCCAAUAUGGCAACCAGAUGAAGAAGUAAAUUCAUGUUAUCUUUGUAAUAAAGAAUUCACAUUUUUUUUCAGAAGACAUCAUUGUCGUAAAUGUGGGAAUGUCGUAUGUGGGGAUUGUUCAAAUACAAGAACUUCUUAUGAACCAGGUACUCAUGUUGUUACACCUUCUAGUCAAAUUUAUAUGGAAUCUCCAUUGGUGCCACAUAGAACUUGUGAUGUUUGUGUUCAACAAUUAGCUCUGGAAUCAAGUCUUAGAGAUAGUUUCAUGACUACAGCAACUUCUCCAGUGGAAGUUCCACAAAGAAGUACAAUUAAAGAUUCAUCAACUCAAAGAACAAUAGAUAUAAAUGAUGAUUCAGAUCAAGAAAGAGAACGUUGUCCAAUUUGUAAUAAAAAUUUACAAAAACAAACAGAAAAUGAAAGAGAAGAUCAUAUCAAUACUUGUUUGAUAAAUGCAGAAUUUUCAGGAUCUCCAGAACAAUUUAGAAGUAAUAGAAUGCUAGUUUAUUAUAUUCCUUUCCCAGAUCCUAAAAAAGUUGUUGUUUCAUGUUCAGAUGCUUCAACUUCAACUUUACAACAAAAUACAACACAUCACAAUGAUGAAAAACUUAUAGGAGAAGAUGAAUGUGUUAUAUGUCUUGAAGAUUCAAAACCAGGUGAUAAAGUUGGUCGUCUUGAAUGUCUUUGUGUUUUCCAUUAUAAAUGUAUCAAGAAUUGGUUUAAAAGGAAAGGACCUGGUGAUUGUCCAGUUCAUGCUGUACAUCAAUGA